AUGGACGAAGAGGCGGACCUCGCCUUGCUGGAUCAGCAUCUGCUGAAGACCAACCUUCUCAGUCAGCGAAUGACUAGUAUCCUCGGACAACUUGACACGCGUCUUUCUCGGCUGGACAAGACAAUUGCUCCGCUCGGACUGCAAGUGCUUGCGCGGAAAGCGACCACAGCCUCGGGGUCUAGCUCGAGCCUGACACAACCCCCUACUCAUGCCCGCCAGGUAUCUCAACCUACCCGCCCUGCCCGUGCUGUGCCUCCUCCGGCCACAACCUCCCGCUCCAAGUUGGAAGGGUACAAUCUGGGUCCUGCUAUCUCUUCACUGGCCCCCAUUCCUGCCACGCCGAGCGGUACAGCACCGCCAUCCGCAAACGCCACACCUGCAGAUGAAACUGCCAUCUUGACGCGAGGACCGGACAUUAUGGCUCUCGGAGAGUACUUCGGGGCGAUGGAUUCGGUGGUAGGGGAUCUGGAGCGGAUGUGGCGAGGUCUAGUCGAAGGACGGGGUGGUGCACGAGAAGCCGGUGUCAAGGAUCUAUCGAGAUUGGUGGAUGUGGGGCUGGAAGGCCUGGUACAGCUAUUCCUGCAAAUAGCGCGGGAUGGGACGUCCAGGCUUUUAGAUCCUGAUCAUCUUAUAUCGAGUGGUCCACCCACCCCUCAGAACCUAUUUCCCGCACUCCAGACCCUUGUCCCGCUCUCAAAUCACCUUCAGCAAUACACAGAUCCCCGAAGUCCACACAAAAAGACGCAAGAGCUUGCGCUGCCCCAGCGGGACCAGCUCGUACGAGGCCUGGCGGAUAUAAGAGGGGAAUGGCUUCGGCGGACCCUCGGUCCUGUCGUCGCGAGAGUAGAUGAGGUGGAUGAAGGCGGGAUAUGGGAAGGCGGCAGGGGUCGGGAGAAGGUCAAGGCUAUCACGACGUGCUGGGAGGUCUUGCUGGUCUUAGUAGAGGCUGAAACGCUCCUCAUCUCGUCUCUUUUCCCAUCGUCGCCACCGGCAGACCUCCUCCCUCUUACCCUCGCCGCGCCGCUCAACACCCUCAACAACUCCAUCACACCCACCGUAUCCACCAUCAAACGCUCUCCCGCCUCGCACGCGUUCGUCGCUCUCGACUUGUACCAAUCUCUCACUCGCCUUCACAGCAGAUGGGAGCCAGCAACAGCCAAGUGCUUCUCCAUGCUUGAUACCCCUCAGAACUCGGCAUACUCGAUAACGUCCGCCCUGCAAGGCCACAUAGCGACUUUGCGUCAGCUCUCCAUCCGCUCCUUCCCCGAGCUCCUGGUCGACAUUCGCUCUGCUACCGGGCAAGGCACGGCACCAUCGUCAGCAAUUGGCGAUACCACCUACUCGACCCUGACGUAUCUCGAGACAUUGCCUGGAUACGAAAAGACGGUCGAGGGGCUUCUCGGGAGCAGUCAAAGCCAGAGGAGCUGGUUGAUGGGUCAGAAAGAAGCGCCCAGUCCAGUACGGGGUGCAGAGGAAGAGGGUGGAGUGGUCCAUCUUUUUGUUGCCGACGUACUGGGGACUUUGAUCAUAAAUCUCAAUCAGCGAUCUGGCAAUAUGCGAAAGCCAAUAGCUCAGACAUUCUUGCUGAACAAUCUGUCGCAUAUCCGAAACACCACCGCUUCCCUCAAUUCGGAUAUCAUCGGUCCGGGCGCAGAGGACAUGCUGAACAAGGCAUACAGAGAAGCAAAAUCACAAUUCCUCUCAGAGUUCACAUCCCUAACCUCCUUCCUCACCGCGGCUCCCCAACCUACCCGUUUCGUCCCCACCAUCACCGCCUCGACCGAGCGUCAGCACCUCAAAGACGCCUCGAUGCAGUUUUUCGAUCGGCUCGCCGAACUCGAGACGAUCUGCGCGCAGUUCCCGCUCAGUCGGGGUGAUCCUGAUCUGCGAGAUAGGGUGGGUAAGGAAGCUGGGGACUUGAUUGGUGGUGCUUGGAAGGCGUUCUUGGGGCGGUGUGUCGGGAAGGGCGUGGACAAGUAUCUGAGAGGAAGUCCAGAAGAGAUCGUCAAGCGUGUUCAAGCUAUCUUCAGAUGA